AUGUCAAGUAUUACAAGGGACUUUAACAAGAUGUCAAGUGGUUCAGCAUUUAGCAACGUACUCAAAGCUAAGGAAGAUUUACAAAAAUCUCCUGAACAAUUAGAACAAGAAAAACGAUCAGUUCUUGCACAACGUAUACCACAAUUACAAGUUGAUGGAAAAUCAAAGGAAGAACUUGCUGAAAAGGCAAAACAAUUACACAAUCUUCUUCAACAAUUAUACGGUUCUAUUUAUGAAUUAACAGAACGAUUUGAGCGACAAAAAUAUGAUAUGGUUGAAUUAAGUGAACGUGCUCGUCAAAUUGAGAAAGGAAAAGCUAAAACACGUAAAUCAAAUAUUGUUCACACUGGUCUUGGCGGUGGUGUUUUAACUGGUGUCAAUGAUGUUGCAGUAGGAGCACCGCAAAAAGUAUCACUUUUCAGUCGAUACGAACGUGUUACCGAUCGUCGUACAUACAAAGAUCGUCGUGAUGUUUGGUCUACAGAAAAGAAAGCAGCUGACUUUGUUCCAGAACGUCCAAAAGCUAAAAUAAGACAUAAUACACCACCCCCUGAAGAAAACCCAUUAUAUAAAACUAAAGGUGCUUCUCAUGCUAAAGCUGAAGAACAUCACGCAGAAGAUUCACAUCCGCAUGAGGAAGAAGCACCAGCCCAUGAAGCACCGGCUGAAGAAGAACCAGCAGCUGAAGAAGAAGAGGAAGAAGAAGAAGAAUAA